UGAGACCCCUGCUUUAAGACAUAUUGAGGAGAUCCCGCAGAUCAGCUACGCCUCUACGGCUCCCGAGCUGAGUGACAACACUCGCUAUGACUUCUUCUCCCGUGUUGUGCCACCGGACUCGUACCAGGCCCAGGCCAUGAUGGACAUCGUCACAGCGAUGGAGUGGAACUACGUUUCCACGCUGGCCUCAGAAGGCAACUAUGGCGAGAGCGGCGUCGAGGCCUUUAUUCAGAUUUCCAGAGAAACUGGUGGUGUGUGUAUUGCCCAGUCCUUGAAGAUCCCCAGGGAGCCCAGGCCAGGGGAGUUUGACAAGAUCAUCAGACGCCUGCUGGAGACCUCCAAUGCCAGGGCCAUCAUCAUGUUCGCUAAUGAGGAUGACAUACGACGAGUUCUGGACGCAGCUAAAAGGAACAACCAGACGGGUCACUUCCUGUGGGUGGGUUCAGACAGCUGGGGGUCCAAGAUCUCCCCUGUGAUUGGCCAGGAGAGGGUGGCCGAGGGGGCCAUCACAAUUCUUCCCAAAAGGGCUUCUGUGGAUGCAUUUGACCGGUAUUUCCGUAGCCGUUCGCUGUCCAACAACAGAAGAAAUGUUUGGUUUGCUGAAUUCUGGGAGGAAAACUUUAACUGUAAACUGGGAAUGCAUGGUAAACGGCCUGGCAGCCUGAAGAAAUGCACAGGUUUAGAAAAAGUUGGCCGUGACUCCAGUUAUGAACAGGAGGGAAAGGUUCAGUUUGUGAUGGAUGCAGUGUAUGCCAUGGCCCACGCUCUGCAUCGCAUGCACCGGGAGCUCUGCUACGGAUACCCAGGCCUCUGUCCACGGAUGGCCAACAAUAUCGAUGGUAAAGAGCUACUCAACCACAUCCGCGCUGUCAACUUCAAUGGAAGUGCUGGUACACCAGUGGUUUUCAAUGAGAAUGGAGAUGCUCCAGGGAGAUACGACAUAUUCCAGUACCAGAUCACCAACAGAUCGACUGCUGAGUACAGAGUCAUCGGCUCCUGGACCAAUAAAUUACACCUCAAGGUGGAGGCCAUGCAUUGGAGGAUGGGCGACCCAUCUUUCCCGGCCUCCGUUUGCAGCCUCCCGUGCCGUACGGGUGAAAGGAAGAAAGUGGUGAAAGGGGUGCCGUGCUGUUGGCACUGUGAGCGCUGUGAGGGAUACCACUUUCAGGCCUCAGAGUUUACCUGUGAGCUGUGCCCAUAUGAGAAAAGACCUGAUGCCAACCGCACUGGCUGCACUCCCAUUCCCAUCAUCAAACUGGAGUGGCACUCGCCCUGGGCCAUCGUCCCCGUCUUUAUCGCCAUGCUGGGUAUCAUCGCCACCUCUUUCGUCAUCGUCACUUUUGUCCGGUACAAUGACACCCCCAUCGUCCGAGCUUCGGGCCGAGAGAUGAGCUACGUGCUGCUUACGGGAAUCUUCCUGUGCUAUGCCAUCACAUUCCUGAUGAUCGCGACGCCGGAUGUGGGCGUGUGCUCCCUGAGGAGGAUUUUCUUAGGCUUGGGGAUGUGUUUUAGCUACGCUGCGCUGCUCACCAAGACCAACAGGAUACACCGCAUCUUUGAACAAGGGAAAAAGUCUGUAACAGCACCCAGGUUUAUCUCUCCUGCCUCCCAGCUCGUCAUCACCUUCUCCCUGAUCUCAGUUCAGCUCCUGGGUGUCUUUGUGUGGUUCGCCGUGGACCCUCCCCAUACUGUAGUGGACUACGGCGAGCAGCGGACCCAGGACCCCAUGGCGGCACGUGGAGUCCUCAAGUGCGACAUCUCAGACCUGUCUCUCAUCUGCUCCCUGGGUUACUCCAUUCUGCUGAUGGUUACGUGCACAGUUUACGCAAUCAAGACGCGAGGCGUGCCUGAAACCUUUAACGAAGCCAAGCCUAUUGGAUUUACCAUGUACACCACCUGUAUCAUCUGGCUGGCGUUCAUACCCAUCUUUUUUGGCACGUCCCAGUCUGCAGAACGGAUGUAUAUACAAACUACUACCCUGACCAUCUCUCUGAGCCUGUCUGCCUCUGUUUCUCUGGGGAUGCUCUACAUGCCCAAGGUUUACAUCAUCCUCUUCCACCCCGAGCAGAACGUACCCAAACGAAAACGGAGCUUCAAGGCGAUCGUGACAGCAGCCACCAUGUCGGGAAAACUGACUCAGAAGGGAGGAGACCGGCCAAAUGGAGAAGUUAAGACUGAACUGUGUGAGAGCAUGGAGACCAACAGUGACUUCAUCAACUAAGAUGACAUAUGUCAGCUACAGUAAUCACGCCAUGUGAAGGGACCAUAGAGGAAGAAGAUGACGAUGGAGAAGAGGGGGGGAUUGAAUAGGAGGGGGGACGUGUUGUGGGGGCAGGGCCAAGGGGAAGGAAGAGCUGUGACUCAGCUGAUUGGCUGAAAAAGUGGAAAACGGACAGAGUGCCCAAUGGAAUUCAAGCAUGAGACAUUUUGUAUUGUUCCCCAUCAAAUCACAGAGGUGGGACCACAUAAACAGCCAGUCAGUGUGCCUGCUUUCCUGCUGUUCACAGCUCAUUGGUCCUACCAUGAACUUACCUGUUUUAAAAAAGAAUAAAAAAGAAACAACAUGAAAAAAGUGGUACCAUAGGAGACUGUGGUGGACAGAGUAACUAUUAAAACCUAUAAAAACGAAAAUAAAAAUGUUAAAAAAGAAAAAGUCAUAAAAAAAAACUCAGAAAAUGUGUAGAAAUUAUAUCUAAAGGGCAAAAGGUGGGGCUGAAAAAGAGAUUUAACAAAUUACAUUUUAAAAGAUAUUUAAAAAGAGAAAUGUAAGAGAAAAUCUAUGAGACUCAAACAUGUUUGUUGUUAUUCUCUACUUGUAGGUAUUUUUGUGGUCGUGACAAUUUUUUCAUUCUUGUCUCACCGUUGUCUGAUGGAUCGCCCUUGCAUAAUGAGAUGAGUGUGUUUCCUCCUGUCUUGGCUAUCUGGGUUGUAGCCUUGGGUUGUGAACCUGUAAAAUGCCAUGGUUGAAGCAUGCCAGUUUUUAUACAAAAAGGAGAUUUAUUUAUAAUAAAGGAAUGUUUUGCAAAUGUGUAGAUUUUGUUGUCAUGCUUUUGAAAAAUGAGGAAAUGACUUGAGUUUGAAAAAAAAGUGGGUUUGUUAUUUUAUUAUUUUUCUUCUGCAAGCAUCAUUCAGUGGAAUGGUGAUGGGAAA